AUGGCUCCUCAUCGCGGCGAACCUCAAGGAGAGGUCCCCAGUGACCAACCUGCAGGUCUAGAGAACCACCUACGCAAUCUCAUCAUCUCCAGUGGCACGCAAACCCAGAAUGCCUUGCCAAACAUACCUACACAAUCUCCCAUCCGUCAGGAUGGAAAUGGAAACGCCAGUGUUCGUACUGAAUCGUCCGACGGUGCCCUUCACCCGUCUAAGCCAACACGAAAGCGCUUGAACCAGGCACAAAGGCGCCAGAUGAGCUCGCAAUUGUCGAUAUCCAUUGACCCUCGGGCCCAGCAACAGCAGCAGCAAUACCAACAACCUCCCCAGAACAGAAACCACCAAAGUCCUGCUCCCCACUACUCCCGGCCGGCUCAAUCCUAUCAACGGCACACACAGGUGGAUUCUCAGUCAAGGACUGCAUCAAAUGAAAACCGCCAGACCGGCUCAUAUUCUCAUCGUCCAUGGAACGGCCCUCAGCAGUCCAGGCCCCGAGGCUAUGACAAUGCCCCUCCUUCUACUGGCGUCCGCGCGGACUCUAUGUCAUCUCCACCAAACCGAGGCCCUGGCUACUUGUACAACGCCAGACGCACAGCUCAGUUCCACCCUGAAGAGAUCACAGCACAGGCUGCUCUACUCGAGCAGCUUUGCUUCCAAGUUGUCUCAAAUUCUGCCAUAGAAAGGUCCGAAAUUGCAAAUAAAGAAAACUUUCGUUGCCGCAUCGAAGCUAUCAGCAGAGAGGUCAUUGCCACUUAUGAAAGGGAGGAGAAGCCAGAAGUCGAUUUUCACCCUCUCACCGUUCAACUCAAGUGUUUUGGUAGUUUGUCAUCAGGUUUCGCGACCAAGGCUUCAGACAUGGAUCUCGGGCUUCUCUCGCCACUGUCCACUACCCUACCAGAUGCUCCCGGAUCUCCUAUCCCACGUUUGCUGGAAAAGGCAUUCCUGGAGGCUGGUCUUGGAGCCAGACUCCUGACUCGGACCAGGGUGCCCAUCAUCAAAUUGUGCGAGGCGCCACCAGACCAGCUGCGCAAAGGGCUUCUUGAAGAACGAUUUCGGUGGGAAAAUGGACUGGAUGAAGUUCAUGAAACUCAUGAAGACGAAGAACACGAACAGAACGCAACCCCAGCUGAUCACGAAGGUAACCAAAAUCGUACCCUGGGAGAUCAAAAGAACCCUUCUUCCACUAUCGAGCCUACACCAUCAAAUCCUGCUGAGGAUGACACGCAGGCAAUUGAGCUCAAGCAAGGACCCAAAAGCUCAAUUUCCUCAUACUAUGGUUUAGCCAAACGAGUUCUCCGCAGGGCAGGCGGCCGCGACGCUACAAUAUCCAAUUAUCGGGUCCUCUCGGAUCAAGACUGGACACUAUUGAAUCGAGUCAGUGAAGCUUUUAUUUCUGGGCUUUCAGAUGCACGCAUUCAAGCCCGACUGUCCCUGUACCCAUCUCUUGCCUUUAAGCAAGGUGCGGCCGCAUUGAAUAAGCGAUCUCUGCUUGGUGUGUAUACACAGGUCGAAGGUGAACAGAUCCGGCAGCUGUGGGAGGAGAACGGCGUGGAGGAGCGAAGCCAGCCCUCACGCUUUCUCACAGAGCAGGCACUGAAAGCUUGGGAAGAUGUCCAGUACAAGGAAAACUUUGGUCUUGAUCCCAUAUUCUAUACUAAGGAACUACAGUUGGCCCUUGACAAGCUCAAGAAAGCCCCAUCUGUGCAGUUCGUGAUCUUAGAACAGAGUCAGCACGAGCCCCCAAUGUCAUACUACACAAGAGCCUCUUAUAUGUUCAACAGCCUCAAAGCAGCCAAAGAGCAAGUCGCCUCGGACUGGACAAAAACUCUUGUCACCCAGUAUGUUGGCGGUAUCCAUCAAGAGGAUAUCCGAAAGAUGUUACAAGACUGUCUGACCACCUGUCAAGAGACCUUAUCACUCCGAGGGGUCGGGCUAUUGCACAAAAGCCUUCAUCUUGCAUGGGAAUUUGAACGAGCGAUAGACAAGGACUUGUACGAUGAAUCGGUUGUUCAAGACGUUAAAGACUAUGUUGAGCUGCUCCGUUCGCCUUUGCAACAUAUUGGAGAGAAUGGUCUUGGCGAUAGAUUUUUAAUUCCUCUUACACCAACCACAUUGGACCUCGUCACGAGAAUUCGUCAAUUACCUGACCCUCACAAGAUGGCUCCAAACCAGCCGCGCGAUCGCUACAGAGAUCACUUAGAGUUCCCUAAGACGGGCACAGGUGUCCAAUGCGAUAUCAACUUCUCUGCACAUCUAGCCCUUCACAAUACAGCACUUCUCCGUUGCUACUCUCACACAGAUCCACGUGUCCGACCCAUGGUGUUAUUUGUCAAAAAUUGGGCAAAAACGCGUGGCAUCAAUUCAGGAUAUCGAGGAACAUUGAGUAGUUAUGGCUACGUCCUGAUGGUCCUUCACUACCUGGUCAAUGUGGCCGAACCAUUCGUUAGUCCUAACCUCCAGCAACUCGCUCCUCCGCCACCUCCAGGGCUGUCACCUGUCCAGUUUGAGGAGUUGACAAUGUGCCAAGGCCACAAUGUUCAGUUUUGGCGUAACGAAGAAGAAAUUCAGCGACUGGCUUUUGCGAACCAGCUCAAUGGUAACAGCGACACUAUUGGCCAUCUUCUGCGGGGUUUCUUCGAGUAUUAUGCCCAUAGCAGUAUGCUAAGCACUUCCUCGGGCAGAGGAUUUGAUUGGGGCAGAGAUGUACUCAGUCUGCGCACUCUUGGUGGCUUGCGAACGAAGCAUGAGAAGGGUUGGACUGGCGCCAAGACAGUCCUUGAGGCUCAAAACGUAGGCGCUCACCCACCGCCUCAGCCCGACCAAGGGGUUCCAACGACAGCAACCUCCAACGAGAAUGCUUCAAAGGAAGUUGGGGCACAGAGCAAGUCAGGUAGUGCAGCCGCCAAGACGGGUGAUUUCAAGGAAAUUCGCCACCGGUACCUCUUUGCUAUUGAGGAUCCUUUCGAGCUAGAUCACAAUGUCGCUCGAACUGUCACGCACAAUGGUAUUGUGUCGAUUCGAGACGAGUUCCGCCGGGCAUGGAAGAUUAUCAAGUCAGCUAGCAACGGCGCGCCUCAGGAGAACUUGCUUCGCGACGUGAAUGACGUUGAGAAAGAGGCUAGUCUCUUGUCACAACUUCUAGAUGAGAUUCAUGGUCUGGGUCAGUUUCAGAACAAAUGA